CCAUGUUUUUGGUGGCCAAGUUAAGACCCACCAAGAAAGAGAGAGAGUAGUUACGAUGGGAAGAUCUCCGUGCUGUGAUGAAAAUGGCCUAAAGAAAGGCCCUUGGACCCCUGAAGAAGACCAGAAGCUUGUCGAUUACAUCCAGAAACAUGGCCAUGGAAGCUGGAGAGCCCUUCCCAAACUUGCUGGCCUGAACAGAUGUGGCAAAAGCUGCAGACUAAGAUGGACAAACUAUCUGAGGCCAGACAUCAAGAGAGGCAAGUUCUCAGCAGAGGAGGAGCAGACCAUUCUCAACCUCCACUCGAUCCUAGGCAACAAAUGGUCAGCGAUAGCAACACAUCUCCCAGGGCGAACCGAUAACGAGAUCAAGAACUUCUGGAACACACACCUGAAGAAGAAGCUGAUCCAGAUGGGGUUCGACCCGAUGACUCAUCGUCCAAGAACCGAUUUUUUUGCAGCCUUACCGGGUCUUUUAGCCCUCGCCAACCUCCGAGACCUAGUUGAUCGUCGCCCUUGGGAUGACCACUCCCUCAGCCUUCACGCUGCCGAGGCUGUUCAGACCGCAAAGCUCCAGUAUCUUCAGUACCUCCUUCAGUCUGCUGCCUCAGUAGCUCAAGCCUCCACAAACCCUAACAACAAUCAGAAUCUUGAUGCUAUGGGAUUGUUCAACCAGUCGCCCGUCCCUUGCUCUGAGCAGGGUUUUGUUCAGGGUGUUGACGGGCUAAUGCCGUUGAGCAACGACACAAACCAAGGCUCCUCAAGCUUUACCUUGCUGAGCCAAGGGGACAAUAGUACUACCCCAAGUAUAACUCCAUUAAUGGAGGGGCUUCCUCCGCUCGCUGACUUGUCGGUGGGAAACAUGGCCGGAGAUGCUUGCAGCACCUCCAGCUGUGGGGGAAGCACUGGGAUGUCUUCAUUCUGGCCGGAGCUCUUGCUUGAUGACCCAUUUAUGACUGAGUUUGUUUGAGUUUUUACUUCUGUUAAGGGGGCAAAAAAAAAAACUAUCAAUUUUCUUUUAUUUUUACUAUGUAGGUGUUUAUAAUGUUAGGAGGCUUUGGGAGUGGGUACAGGGUACAUGGAGCUAGCUGCACCAAUGCACUGCAUCUAAUAUACAGACAGUAAAACACAUGUAUGUACACAACACACAGUUGCUACUUCUCUCUCUCUCUCUCUCUCUCUAUUAUAUAUAUAUA